UAUUACACAGUUACCUCCCCUUUUUCAGACACCGCCAUUUUAUGACUGUAAAUUUAGAUCUUAUGAAUAUUUUUAAUGCUUGAAUUAUGCCAUGUUGGCGGGAUUUUUAACAGGUAGAAAGUUAUAUUUCAACAAGAGCCAGGGUUUGAGGAUGGCAACUCAGUGUUUGACCAGAAUGCUGUCAGCCAAACUUUACAAGGAUGGAAAUCUUCCUGAAGUUCUGCACAAAUCAACCAACUUCUUAUGUAUAAGCAAAGGUUAUGAUAUAAAAAUUAACUAUGAUGACCCUACUGAGUUAACAGUAGAACAUCAACUGAGAAAAAUGUUUCCAGAGCUUGUUGAUCCCUCAGUAGCUCAUAGCUUCAGGUAUGUUCAUCGUCUAGAUUUUGCUACAAGUGGAAUAUUGUGUCUGGCUUUGAACAGAAAUGCAGCAAAACAUUUGUCUCACCAGUUCAAGAAUAAACAAGUGCUGAAAUAUUACCUUGCUCUUGUGAGGGGUCAUGUAGAAGAUGAUAUUGUAUUUAUUGAUGUACCAACUGGUGAUUUAGAGGACAAAGAAUGGCCAGGAAGGAGGUGUGUAUCUAGUCACCCAGCUUGUAAAGAUCCAAAGAUUACACACACACUAGUGAUUGCACUAGAGAAAGGUCUAUUUGAUGGUUCACCAGCAACAAAAGUUGUUCUUAAACCAAUUACAGGUAUGUCACAAAUAGUUUACAAAUGCUUUAUACAUGUAUAUUAGACUAGUCUCAUCACU